GAAGGCCGGUGUGCCGGCAAUGAGCCGCGAGUGUAAGCAUUCAGCCGCUUUCGCGCUCGUUCGAGACGCGCCUUUUCAGACCGUUUGAUCGAUAUGCGCUGUUAUCAUCUGAUGCUUCCCCAUAAUGGUUUGGCGCAGGACAGCGAUAUCUUGAGAAGGGCACCUUAUCAUGUACUCUGUGACAGGGCAAUCGAGAGGCUCGAUGCCUUAGAGAGGCGAUGCCUGGAGGCAAGACAAGUAGCAUGUACAGCUUUGUAACGACGCCGGCGUGUAGGCGCCGAUGUGAGGGAUGUCGGCUGAGAGGAACAUCCCAGCUGUAGCAGCGAAUGUACACUGAGCUGGCGGAUCUCGAUGCUCCGAAAUGCAUGCAAGCAAUGCCGGCAUCAGGAUCUCGCGGUUUUGCAAGCCUCAAAUGGUCGGAUAAACUUUUGUUGGAUGCGCUGUUGGAGGCACGGGUCGAGCUCGAGUCGGGACCUGCGGGCCUCAACUCCGAAUGACGGGCGGGUAGCGUUAGCGCAGCGUGACUUCCGCGAAAGUCAUCCGUUUCACGUGUCCAGACCCAAUAUCGUGCAUCCGCGAUACGUUCAUACGAAAAUCAUGAGCGCCAUUAGAUUUGGCCUGAUAGCGAAGGAAGUGAGGUCCUUCGUUCCUGUGUCUGUGGUAGGUGGGGCUCCUUUUCUCCGAAAUCAGACAUCAAAUGUAUGUCCUACUAAAACCGUCCUUGCAAUUACGCGCACACGCGUCGACUCAUGUAGCAUCGAAAGUAACAGCAACAUUCCCAAGCGUGUUACUUCUGAGGUACUGCUUCCGAGGUUAUCUUACUCUACUGCCAUGCCUAAGCUUCGUACAGCGCCGGUGGAUUUUCUACAUCUAAAUUACAGCCAUCUAAGAACUAGACAAGAUCUAAAAGGAGGUUGUCACGUUUCAUUCUGUGUUUACGUGUAACGGACAGCCUAUGAAGCCUAGGUGUUACUCCUACGGUGUUGCUAGGUCCCCAGAAUGGAUCCACAUUACGCACAAACACCCGAAUAGAGCGCAAAAAACCUCGGCAAAAACAUACAACAGCGGGGAUUCGCCGAUUCUCACGAACUCGACUACUAAUCCGCCGGUAUCUUGCUUAUAUAUGGCUGAGCGGACGGGAAGCCUAGUUCUCAGGAUCCUAUGGUCGUAUGU